GGGAAGCGAGGAGCACGAGCAACCCCGAAAAAAAAAAAAACCCGCGAAACGCACACGCGCGUAUAUACAAUACAAUUUUGAAAAAUAUACGUAAAUAAAUAUACACUUGCGCGAGUAAUAGUUUCGAUGAUAACUAAAUAUCACCACGUUUCAAACUCCGCACUGCUUUCAUCCUCCUCACAUGAAAGUAGCCAUUCGAAAGUAGUAAAAAAUAAAACGUCAGUUUCUCGGAAAUCCGCAGUAAAAGAAAUCUAAAACGAAAAAUUGAUAACUUAAAAAAAGGAAUUUCUUCGCCGCACCCUACAGUGUUCACUAUUUAUUCCAUCCGUACUGUACGUUUUGUAUACUUUGCCGCGAACCGGUUCCGAUCCCCGUUUCGAGAGACAAGAAGCGAAUCGAACAAUAGACGGAGAAUAAUUGAAAUAAAAUGAGAUUGCUGCUUUUGAUCGUCCUCCUGAGCGUGACCAGUAUCGAGGACACGAUAUCGGGAUCCUCGAAUCCUUUGAGAAUGGUGUGGUCCGCGCUCUACCCGGAUACCAAGGACAGGGAGGAGGAGUGCACGGGUUGCGCCCAAAAUCGAAUAUCCUCCAACGAUCCGAGUCUCACCGAACUCAGGGUGGAGUACGUUAAGCAGCAGAUACUGAAAAAAUUGCGACUGUCAAAACCGCCGGAAGUUUCCCUCUCGAUUUCGACCCUGCCGAAGCCUCUCAUCAACGGACACAUCCUCGAACUGAGUCCCGGAAUACCGACCGGACCGGAAAAACAAGUAGAAAGUUUUUACGGAAAAACCGAUCAGAUCGUCGUGUUUCCGAAAGAAGACAUGGAAGACCUCGAAAGCUGCCGUCUGCACACCAACCAUUUGUCCGGCAUAAACGCAGCGGAUUGUUUCACGUUCGUUUUGUCACACGAGAUGCAAUUCGUCGGCGUCACGUCGGCAGAGUUAUGGUUUUACAAAGAGUCGGACAACAACGACAUCGUCCACCAGACUUUCGUGAUAUCGGAAGUCGACCACUGGGACGUUGGCCGAAGCUUUCAGAAAAACAGCAUAAUGACCAUCUUCGAAACUUCGGUGUCAGAGGGCUGGGUGAAAGCGGACGUCAGUUACACGGUGAAGAAAUGGGUGGACGAACAGCGCGACGGUCACAGUUUGCAAAUAGUCUGCAACACCUGCUCCACCGACAGAGAAUCCUCGCCGGUUUCCGUCGAACAGACACUGAAACCGUUCCUGGUCAUCCACACCUCGCCGCUGCCGCAAAAAAAUCGUCCCAAACGUAACUCGAACUGCUUGCCGGACAUGAAGGAGUGCUGCAGGGACGAGUUGUUCAUAAAUUUCGCCGAAAUCGGUUGGGGCGAUUGGAUUUUACACCCGGCCGGCUACCACGCUUACUUCUGCAGGGGUUCUUGCUCAUCCGCCGCUUCCCUGACCGUCCCCGCGUCGUCGCACAGCAACAUCAUAAGGAGGUUCCUCACGCAGAGCGGAAACAAUCUUCGGAGAGGGAAUGAGAUCGUACCGUGCUGCUCACCGACCCAGUUGUCGCCCAUACAACUUUUUUACAUAGAUUCGAACAACACGUCGACUCUGAAAACCCUGCCGAACAUGGUGGUCGAAGCCUGCGGAUGUAUGUAGACAGCUACUCUUCGCCGCGUCGCGUCUAGUCGCCAUUAUGCAGCAGUUUCUUUUUCAAACAUUCGUAACUAUCGCGAGUUACAACUGCAGAACCGAUGGCCCAGUGAGUUGAGUUUUUUUUUCGUUUUUUUUUCGUUUUUUUUUUUUUUUUUUUAAUUCGUCUUUCCGCAAUGAGACAACGUCGAGCAUUGGACACCGCGAUUCGAAUCGAAUAGGUCCGUCGAAAUUCUAGCGAUUUUCGAUACACGACGAGUUUCGACAUUCGUUCGAAUCGAUGAUGCUCGUUAAACAUAUCAGUCUACCGUCGUUCGAAUAAAUUCUAGUGGUUUUUUGAAGAAAAAUUUCUGCAGCACGGCAUGGAACAUAUUCGGGAAUUUUCUGAGAACGAUGAUCCUUUUUUUUCAAUGCUCCGAAAAAUUUGCUCAGCAUUUAAACGACGGUAGAUAAAAUAUCCCAAAGUUUGAAACCGAGCGAUUUUUGAAGAUCGCUUACUUAUUUCUAUUUUAUUUCUAUUUUUUUAUUUUCUUAGCUGGAAUUUCAUCCAUUUUGUAAAUGAAAACUUACGAUGUACCGUUGGAUAGUCGACAAGAGAAUAUAUAAUAUGCAUUAUUGAUGUGGGAUAUUAUGUAGUGGCGUCAGAUUAACCAAGUCAGUAUUCGCGCAUCACCUCAUAUAUAUAAUAUAUAUAUGAUAAAACAUAAAAAAAAAAAAAAAUACCUACAUAAUAAUAUCAUUGAUCCUUCCGAAAUGAGAUUAACACGUACCCCAGAAUCUAACCCAGUCCCGUAAUAGCGACUAAUGAAUUAUAAUAUUAAGUAUGUUAUUUAUCGAUAGGGGACCGUGUGACACGGUGAAGUCGAAUCCUCGGAAGAAAGGAAAAAAAAAAACAAACUUCCGGGGUUUCAAUUCUCUAUCAUUAUCGAUACGACAAGUGAAAAUGUUUUUUUUUUUUUUGUUUUUUUUUCUUCAAAUUUACCUACGCAAUCUUACGAUGUAGCAUUUAUUUAUUCUAAGCUAGGAUUAUUGUAUUUUAAAAUUAAGAUAUACCAUAGAUGUAUAUAUACGGAUAAUAUACACAACAAAUAUAUAUAUUUGAAAAUU